AUGCCGCUUUUUGGUAAAAAAGAUUCUAAUAAAAAAUUGAAAAAGGAUGGAAAGGAUGAUAAAAUGUCAUCUGUUGAUGAUAAAUAUACGCUCAAAGAACUUUUGGGAACAGGCGCUUUCUCCGAAGUUAGACUCGCUGAGAGCAAGGAGAAACCUGGACAAAUGUAUGCCGUUAAAAUAAUAGAUAAAAAGGCCCUGAAGGGAAAAGAAGACUCGUUGGAAAACGAAAUAAAAGUACUGAGAAGGUUCAGUGAAACAGUGACACCACAGAGUGGUGAUGGACCGAUCAAGUCCAGUAAUAGUGGCGAAAGAGGAUGGCUAACCCACCCAAAUAUAGUUCAGCUAUUGGAAACCUUCGAAGACAAGCACAAAGUUUAUCUAGUGAUGGAGCUGGUAACCGGAGGAGAAUUGUUCGACAGAAUCGUCGAGAAAGGUUCUUACACAGAGAAAGACGCGUCUGGACUUAUAAGGCAAGUCCUCGAGGCUGUGGAUUACAUGCACGAGCAAGGCGUCGUACAUCGUGAUCUCAAACCCGAGAAUCUCCUUUACUACAGUCCUGAUGAAGACAGUAAAAUUAUGAUAAGCGAUUUCGGGCUCUCAAAAAUGGAGGACUCUGGAAUUAUGGCGACGGCUUGUGGAACUCCGGGAUAUGUCGCUCCUGAAGUAUUGGCGCAAAGGCCGUACGGAAAAGCUGUCGACGUUUGGAGUAUAGGAGUAAUAUCUUAUAUUUUACUCUGUGGAUAUCCUCCUUUUUACGACGAAAAUGACGCUAAUCUGUUUGCUCAAAUUCUAAAAGUGAAAGCUAAUAAGACUGUUACAGGUGAGUUUGAGUUUGAUUCGCCUUACUGGGAUGACAUAAGCGACUCAGCCAAGGAUUUUAUCCACAAACUUAUGUGUGUCAAAGUCGAAGAUAGAUACACUUGUAAGCAGGCUCUGGCGCAUCCAUGGAUAUCCGGUAACGCAGCGAGCAAUAAGAACAUCCAUGGACCAGUAGUAGGAAAGCCUUCUUGUCUCAUGGUUCCAGCAAGCCUACCAUGCGGCCACGGUGAUACGUCAAAUGCAGAGACUGGCACUCAACAGUGGUCAGCACCACCAGCACCAGCAGCAGCAACAGCAGCAGCAGCAGCAGUCCCAGGACAUGGAAACGAUCGGGUCAUCCACCGGCAGUCAAAAGGUCCCACGAACCGAGCCAACCCAGGGCAAUCCUAUUCGUCCUUAUCGAAAGUAAGACAGCACAGUAAUAAACUUCAGCAGCGAUUGAGAUUUAAUUAUAAUAAUUCAGUACAAUCAACAGCCGAAUCAAUGUCUAAUGCUUGGCGUUCUCAACUGUAUUUUCGAAAUAAUAAACGCUUUCAGCUAUUUUGGGCUGAUACACGCACUGCACUCAUUAAUCUCUUCCAAAAAAAUGCUAAAUCUCUUAAGAAAAAAAACAAACAGUUACGUUGA